GCAGAUUUUCCUUUCAGUUUGUCACAAAUUGGACAGUUUGGCUUCGAACCUUUUUCAGACCAGUUAUCACGAAGGAAAUACAAUGCUCUUAAAAAAUCAAUCAAAAGAGACCCCUAUGAAGUCUGGUAUCACAAAGACAAUUACAAAUCCUUGGGGGACAUGUCCAUUACGCCUGAGAUAUAUAUAAAAGAAACUGUGGAGCGAGCAUCAACCACACAGCGACUUCAAAAUGUUAUGGCAAAGGUUUUGCGCGGUAAGAACAUUGGCUUCGUAGUCAUGGGGGGAUCUAUAUCUGCUGGCGGUGGAUUAACCAGCGAUUUUUCCAAUCUGAGAGGGAUAUAUUAUCGAGUAUUUAUCGAUUGGUGGCAAAAAGCCGUGCAGCCGUUUACAGGAUCUGUCAUCACACUACACAAUUUAGCUCUUGGAGGGACUGCAAGCAACUUUUUCUCUUUUUGCUACAAAACCUUCAUGAGACCUGGAGAUACCAUAAACAUUGCACUCCUUGAGUUUUCUGUCAACGAUCACAUAGUUUUCAAAGACUCUCGACGUUCGAGAGCGUUAUCUCUCGAAAAACUUUCAAGGCAACUGCUAAGUGAAGAAUCUUCCCCAGCAGUUAUAUUUGUGAAUUUCAUUGGUGGAAAUAACGCAAUUCCUGUGUGCGACAACCUAGAAAAUCACGGACAGACUUUUCUGGCUAUUCAUUAUGGUAUUACCAGUGUUAGCACGCGUCAAUCCUUAUGUCCAAAUUCGGGGAAGGUCCAUGUUUACUCCAUGUUUUCAUCAGAUCACAAUCAUGCUGGCAUUUUAGCGCAUGCACAGAUCGCAAUGAUGAUUAUCAACAUCUUUCGUAAAGCUCUGCUAAAAGCCAUAGAAAGUUCUGAACAGAACUUACAAAAUCAUUUAAGUUCAUACCUAUUACCAAAAUCUGCUUUUUUUAAGGACGAUACGGAAACUCUCCCAGACCCACUAUGUUAUUCUCUAAUUACACCAGAUGUAACUGACAGAUUUUUUCGUCCUUCGCUUUAUGUCAGGGAAAUCGCAAAUAUGGGGUUUACGAAUAUUCGCGGUAUUCCUAUCGGGUACCGUAAAGAAACUGUUGUACAAACUGAACCCGCACCAGUGCGAAAUGAUGGCUACAGUGGAUGGAAAGCAGAAGCAGCGUAUUCUACAUUAAAGCUACGAUUUUUCGUACCUUUCUCAAGAUCUGAAAUAAGCAAUACCGUUGUCAUAGCGUUUCGCACCACUGGUGGAGGUGGAAAAGCAAAGGUGUGGUUGGAUAACGACGAGGCUGGUGUUAUGGUUGACACUUCCUCUAACUUUGGACACACAAGGCUCAUCCCCGUCGCCUAUCACGUGCCCUUUGGAAGUCACGUACUGAAUUUCAAGACAGUAAAUGAUGGGAAAUUUGUGUUGUGUGGUGUAAUGCUUGGAGCUAAAAGUCAUCUAGUUAAUGAGAUGAAGUAA